UUACGCGCACGAUGAAUUUGCUUUAAAGGCAACGACAUGAAGUAGUGUGGUGCGUGCGCUUAUGAACACCUUUAAAGCCGAGAGAGGCGGGGUCAUCCGCGAAGCACCGUCUUCCCCGAGCAAAGACACGAAGCGCCCCUCCCUCCGCGCGCCCCGCUGACUCACAGGAAAACACAGCCACCCAACUCGUCCACUCCGCGGUAACGCAGCGGAGACCCCAACCAUCGCCGAACGGAGAAAGAUGGCAGAGCGGCAACAGCAAAAGCACGAAGGCAGGGUGAAGAUCGGCCAUUACAUCCUCGGUGACACGCUUGGAGUGGGGACUUUCGGCAAAGUAAAGAUCGGAGAGCACCAGUUGACGGGCCAUAAAGUGGCAGUGAAGAUCCUGAACAGGCAAAAGAUCCGCAGCCUGGAUGUGGUGGGCAAAAUCAAACGGGAGAUUCAAAAUUUGAAACUAUUCAGGCAUCCACACAUCAUUAAGCUAUACCAAGUGAUAAGCACGCCAACAGAUUUCUUCAUGGUCAUGGAAUAUGUGUCCGGCGGAGAGCUUUUUGACUACAUCUGUAAACAUGGACGGGUGGAGGACACGGAGGCUCGCCGCCUUUUCCAGCAGAUUAUUUCGGCCGUGGACUACUGCCACAGACACAUGGUGGUCCACAGAGACCUCAAGCCCGAGAACGUUCUGCUCGAUGCCAGCAAGAACGCCAAGAUUGCGGACUUUGGCUUGUCGAACAUGAUGUCCGACGGUGAGUUCCUGAGGACCAGCUGUGGUUCGCCCAAUUACGCCGCCCCGGAGGUCAUCUCGGGAAGGCUAUACGCAGGCCCAGAGGUGGACAUCUGGAGCUGCGGCGUGAUCCUGUACGCCCUGCUGUGCGGCACGCUGCCCUUCGAUGACGAGCACGUGCCCACGCUGUUCAAAAAGAUCCGAGGGGGCGUGUUCUACAUCCCAGAGUACCUGACGCGCUCGGUGGCCUCGCUGCUCAUGCACAUGCUGCAGGUGGACCCGCUGAAGAGGGCCACCAUUAAGGACAUCAGGGAGCACGAGUGGUUCAAACAGGAUCUGCCAGGUUACCUGUUUCCCGAGGAUCCAUCGUAUGACACCACCGUCUUGGACGAGGAGGCCGUCAAAGAAGUGUGCGAUAAGUUUGAAUGCAACGAGUCUGAGGUGGUCUCCAGCCUCUUCAGCGGCGACCCUCAGGACCAGCUUGCGGUGGCCUAUCACCUCAUCAUCGACAACCGGCGCAUCAUGACACAGGCCAGCGAGUUCUACCUGGCCUCCAGUCCGCCGCAAGGCUCCUUCAUCGAGGAGGGCAUGCCGCUUCCGCCGGGGGUUAAGCCGCACCCGGAGCGGAUGCCGCCGCUGCUGGCCGACAGUCCCAAGGCGCGUUGCCCGCUGGACGCCCUCAACACCACCCGACCCAAGCCGCUCGCCGUCAAGAAGGCCAAGUGGCACCUGGGCAUCCGGAGCCAGAGCCGGCCGUAUGACAUCAUGGCGGAGGUUUACAGGGCCAUGAAGCACCUGGGCUUUGACUGGAAGGUGGUGAACCCGUAUCAUUUGCGAGUGCGCAGGAAAAACCCAGUGACGGGCAACUUGGUGAAAAUGAGCCUGCAGCUCUACCAGGUGGACAACAGAUCCUACCUCCUCGACUUCAAGAGCAUCGACGAUGACAUAGUCGAGGCUGCAGGCUUCAAGUCAGGGUCCUCCACCCCUCAGCGGUCCGGCUCGACGGCAGGCCUGUACCGGCCACGCCUCAGCAUCGACUCGGCUAGCCACGUAGCGGAAAUGCCUCAGCUCAGCUCGUCCCUGCCGGGCUCGCUGUGCGGCAGCUCGCCGAUGCUCACCCCACGGCAGGGCUCGCACACCAUGGACUUCUUUGAGAUGUGCGCCAGUCUGAUCACCACGCUGGCGCGCUGAGAGGAGUGACGCCAGGAAAGCGUCAAGAAGGAGGAAGACAAUCAGUCUUGGCGUCAUCAUCAACUUGAAAGUGGGACAGGACGUGAUGGGGCGGCAGCAAAUCUUCACCUGAAAAGUUGCAGAGGUUAAAAAAAAAAGACUACCCAACUAUCCCUGCUGGAAUCUCACCCCCUACAGUAAGACUUCGUCCUGACGCUGAUCAGAGGUCAGUUGUGAGUCUCGAGGGAGCACGUAGAUGAUUCCAUUCUGGAUCUAGAUGGAAAAGGCUGUUGUCCGUGUACAUUAUAUUUAUAUCAGUCACACGAUGUAGAUGAACGUGGAAAAUCACUUUAUAGAUGAUGAUUAUUGUUCAGAUUGCUACUUAUUUUGUGGAGAGAGAUUAUUUUUUAGGCAUUGCAUUAUUUGAAAGCUUUUUAUGAUCAUUGGAAAGGAGAGUGAACCUCACAUCAUAGCGGGACAAUAGAAUGUUCUGCUCGGCCAGUGCUGCAUUUACGACAGCACGGACGCACUCCAUCUCGUUGACCUUUUGUAUCGCAACAAUAUAACGGAGUAGCAGAACCUCCGAAGCCAUCCUUUAGAACUUUGACAAAACUGAACAAGCAACGUUUUUAGUAACAUCCAACCAUUUGGGAUUGACAAAUGAUGUCCUUCUUUCACAGUAACUCACCCUCGUGUAAAAUCAAAGUUAAAUGGAAAGUACAGGGCACAGGAUAAAAAUUAGCGAGUAACUGUCACUGCCUCCUUAAGAGGUUUAUAAUUGUCUGUAAAUGGCGCAAGAAGGCAAAGUUAAACAAAGCGCCUCACGAAGCUCCUGAACUCCCUUAAGUAUCAUUACAUGGCACCAUGAUGCCACAAGAUGGCGGUAAAGUCAUCUAUGAAGCGCCUUUAUCAUUCAUGGGCAUAAAGCAGCGUGGAGAGUAAUGUUAUUUAACUGGCACAACAGCAUCAAAUCAAAGUUGUGUAAAAAGCCAACUUAUAACAACCUAGAAUCUAGGAUUCCUAAACAAUAACACGAGAGUGAUGAAUGAGGAGAAAUCUUUUCAAAUACCAUUUAGACGUCGCUAGCUAUUGGCUACCAUUUUGAAACAAAGCACUCUUGAAUGAAGAAUGAGGAUGUCAUUCUUUAACUAGCAGACAAAUUUGAAUCAAAGUUGUAAAAACAAAGACAUCUCUUUAGAGACGAUAAAACACAUACUUGAACUGCAACUAUCUCACAAAUGUAAAAACUUAAUGGUAUAAAACGCGACCAACAUAACUAGCAAGAAGCUCACGUAGUGUCAUUCAGCGCUACUUCAUGCCAGAUAAUCUUGUCUUAUUUGUGUUCCGAGUUAUCCUUCCCAAUCUAAAUUUAGGUCAAAAUGUGUACAAUAUUUUUCAAGCUGCUCAUAACGAAGAUUGCAGACACACGAUUAGUUGAAUCAUAGCCGAUCGCCUGUGGAAACAGACAGGACGCACGCGGCAAUCUGUAAAUUUGAUAAAAAGACAGGCGAUGGCUCUGGCGUCAAAGGUGAAGCGAAGGGGCAGAAUCAUGAAUGCUGAACCGGGAAUAUGCGGGGCUUCACUGUAAGUAACUUUAAAAGAAGCACUGUGAGAUGGUGUGUAUCUGUGCACGCCAUACAAACCUUUUCCAGCUGCCUUAAACAAAUGCAAACGACUACUUAUAUAAGCUGUGUGUGUGUGUGUGUGUGUGUGUGUGCGUGACUACGUUAUAUUGUAAAACUAUGGAGGAAAGUCUGCUAAAGUUGAAUCAUCCUCUUAUGUUCGAUAAUGUACUGUUGCCUUUCUGCUGUUUUAGUUGUUUCUUACAAACACUAGUCACGGGUCAGUAUGACCGGCUUCACACUUAAUCCUCCCCAAAAUAUGCGCAUUAUUUUGGAAAAAGAAAAGGAGCAAAACAAGGCCAAGAGAACAAGUUUAACCAUACAACUUUAAAAAAAAAAGAUUCUUAAACAGUUUGGCCCACAACAAAAUAUACCAUUACUAAUCGGUUCUGUGUUUAACAUGACGUAAUACUUCCCCUUUCAAAUUUUGUGUAUUUUUUAAAUCACUCGAGUUUAUUACAUUUUUUAAAAGGUAUUUUUAAAACAGGUCAAAUUGGCCUGCAAUAUAACAAAAGGGUUCAACAAAGAGAGGUCAUGAAAAUCAGUAACUCAGUCUACUGCUGGUUUUAAUUUAUUCAUUUAAAUCAUAACUCAAGGAUAGGUAGGAAUGAACCAAAAUCUGUGUGUAAAUGAAAAUGCAUUUGCAGGAGUUCAAGUUUUAAGCAAUAGGUGGCACCAUAACAUAAUUUUAGCCAACUAGGAUCCUAAAUGAAAUUGUAUUUGGAAAAGACAAUGAACCUUUAAGUAAAUAGUAAUACAAUUAUGUUUUACCUUCAUGGCCUAUUUAUUACUUAUAUCAUAACUUGUGAAUAUCACACACACACAAAAUAUACACACAUUAUAUAUAAAUAUAUAUACACAUUUGAAAAGUCAUAUCUAAGCAACUGAAAUGUACUCAUUUGCUUAAAAUUCCUCCUUUUCUCGUAUUAUUAAUGUUGGAAUUCUGACUUUUUCUCAUGAGUCUCAGAAAGUAACUUUUUAUUCUCGUAAUUAUGACUUUUUGUCCUCAUGUUUCCUGUACAGUGCUACCUUCAAAGUGUGAAAAUCUUUUUUUGAAUAUUUAUUUUUUUGAUACAAAUACUUGAUGGUAGCAAAGGACUCAACUCACUUCACAACUUACAGGAGUUUGCCACAUAGUGACUAAUUCUCAAAAAAGAGUACCAGUUGUUUAAUGCCACUAAAAGUAUCAACGUCACGGUGGUAGAACCCUGAUAUCUAAUCACAACUGGUGUAGAAACACACGUAGACAGACAAUAAAACUACCCUGACAGGCCUAAAUUCUUUAUCCUCUGCAAAAAAACGGCUACCGUGACUACCGCUCACUUGAUUCACGUAUCAAGCUACCCCUGGUGGCUAAGGUGAAUCCACACACUAAUUACAGAUUUUCACAUAUAACGAAAAUUGUUUUUAUGACCCUUAGUCCGAAAAUUGAAAUCUUUUUGCCUCACAGUCCAAAUGUCAUAAUUUUACUUUGAUUUAAGCUCGAGUAAAAUUGCAACUCAGUUUCAACUCAUUUACAUUUCAUUAUAUUUUCAAUAAUCAUCCCAUAAUUGCAAUUUCUUCUUUGAUUUACAUUCAUCGUCCUCCAUAUCAUUAAAACGCAUUAAAAGAAAACAUUCAUUAAAUUUUUUGUCGUGUUCACCACUUAACCUGCUUUUGUUCUUUUUUUGGGGCGGGGGCGAAGAAAGGUGGUCCGCCCCCAACGGAAGCCGCUUGCUACUUAUGUGCCUAUAAUGACAAAUUAGCAGCAUUAUUAUUUUCCCUUUGAGGCCGUGGACUGUGAUGUACUUGUCAGCUGUGUGUGUGGGUGCGCGCGUGUGUGUGUGUGUGUUUGCAUUUGUGUAUACACUGUCUCUGCCUGAUUGUGAAGGCCCUGGAUUGAUCUCUUUAUGCAUUGCAUGGAAUUGCUGUUAUGAUUUUUUGCACUUUAAUGAGUAUUUAUUGAAAAACAAAAA